CAUCUCAAAGCCAUCAGCAGCUAUGGAAUCAUCAAAGUACUGUGCGAUAUGCUUCGGGGGAAUUACUCGAGCACAUUGGACACAAAGUCUUACUACAGUGUUGAUCAGAGAAAGCCGUGUUGAUAUUGGUUCUAUCAGAUACGACCAAAACACCAUUUUACAAGUCUCAAGAAGUCUUCUACGGCCAGAGGAGCAAACACAGAUUAGGUUAAUUCCUUCACAAUCUUACACCCCUGCAGAGGCCUUUAUCAUGCAUACAUCCUGCUAUCGUCUGGUGUGUGAAUUUGCCGGGCAUGAGGUCAGACCUCACCAGAUAUAUCGACUUUGCCAGGCAACUCAACCUGACCAGGAGAGAUGCUUCUUGAACGAAACCAAUCGUUUCCCCUAUAUGUGGCCGGACCCCUACACUAUCCUGACACCUCGCAAAUCCCUAUCUUCUUCAGAAGAUAGUUGGUUGUUCUUCAAGCCUGGCAAGGCACACUAUGGCUCCACCUUUCUGUUCAAGCUGCCUCCCGAAAUCAUGCUACUUAUUCUUCAGCAUUUGCCACCCUCAGACUUAGUUCGGUUCUUCAGAACUAGCAGACAGGCUCUUUCCUAUGCCAGUCUAUUCUGUCAGCUAAAUCCGUUGCACUUUUUUCGUUGCAGUACCGGCGCAACUAACUGCUCGGAAGAUAAACAAAUCCUGAUGCUUGCACUUUCAACCUGGACUCGCUAUGAGGAACUGGAUCUGAGAUGGCAGCUUGUGACUAAAGUGUGUGAAUUGGCAAAACUACUUUCAUUCCUAUCUGAUAUAGGCUUGGCGGUUGGACCCACGCCUAACCCCCGGGCCCCUCUUCUUCAUGUCCAGCAUCAACACGGACUACACGAGGACCUGAUAGAGAUUCCAAAUAACGUCAAGAAUAUUCAGGUAUGCAGCAUAUUACUGGCCGGCAGACGUUACAUCUGUGGUAUUGGAGUUGAUACGGGAGAGUCGUGCUUGUUUUACGGCAACAAAACCGAAAGCCUCCGUACGCUUGAUAUCAAUAAUCGCGAAUUAGAGGCAAUCGGACUUGCAGAGGAUGCGCUGGGAGUUAGAAGUAUGAGAUGCGGCACAUCACCGUGGGUGUUUGGCGAUCCCGAGACUCUGGGCUGUUGGGGAGGGCUCAGCGUACCGCAAGGACGCAGGAAAAUCCAGAUCAUUCGUGAUGCGCUUAAGAUUCGAUAUCUCAAUUGGUAUCAUGAGACUGCUCCUCUUUUCGAAGAGACUCUUUUGAUAAGGAAUCAACAUCCAUCUCUGUCAAGCCACGAAUUCAUUUCCGAAGAACUGUAUGUGCAACGAAACCAAGGAAAAGAAAGGGGAUUGGUGACUCGAUUCGGCAACUUCCCCACAGAAGCCAUCCGUUUCAGCCGAGAACUGCAACAUCUAACGUUACAUGGUGGUGGUGGCCUCAACGGUAUCUCUGGUCUAUCUAUCCAAACAAAUUCGGAGAGUUAUUGUGUUGGCUCCUGCAAGGGUGCUUCCUCAUCCAUGACCUUACACACCCCGGAUGAAAGUCUGUCUGAAAUUGAUGUGAGGAUAUCCAAUCUAUAUCCUCUGGCUCUCAUAUUCAGAACUAGCUGGAACCGUGAACUGUUUGUUGAACCCCGUCAGCUGGGAGAGGGCGUGCAAUGUGAGAUCAAGGCUCUUCGACCACCGCCUGAUCACUGCAUCACGGGUCUUUACUUUAGAUUCGAGGGUUCAGUCAUCGUCUCUGUCGGGUUGAUUUUCGCAUUGAGCGAAAGCAUGAAUUAAUGUUUACUGUGCAUACCUUGUCUUGGUGCUUCUUGUUGUUUCCUAUCAUAUCAUUAAAAUGAUCG